CCGUCCACGGGCGCUUCAUACUAGCACUCGUCGCGUUGCAUCUAACGUCGCAAACUAAUCCAUAAAAUGGCUGCCAUGACCGUCUGCGCUCCGGCUAUGCUCUCCUCCAAGGUGAGCACCGGCAUCAAGGCCAAGGCCACCGCCGCCAAGGCCUCCAAGGCCCAGGGCGCCGUGUGCUUCUUCGGCGACGCCAAGAAGGCCGCCGCGGCCACCCUCGCCGCGGCUGUCCUCGUCGCCGGCCCCGCGAUGCCCGCCAAGGCUGACCUCACCUCCGACCUCCUCGCGCGCACCGAGGCCAACAAGGAGCUCAACGAUAAGAAGCGCGCCGCCACCUCCUCCGCCAACUUCGAGCGCUCCCGCACCGUCACCGACGGCGUCUGCAAGUUCCCCCAGAACAUGCUCGGCUGCGAGAUCGCCUCCUCCACCGGCGACGUCGCCUUCCUCUCCGCCGACAAGGCGCUCGAGUGCGAGGGCACCCGCGACGGCAAGGUGUGCGCGUCCAAGGCUCCCGGCUCUUUCCCCCCCGUCUUUGGCAUGUAAGGCCGCCGACGCGCGGGUGAGAGAUGGGGACCGGAGGAGGAGCGGGAGGAUGAGGAGGACGAGGAAGGCGUAGCGGCUCCUCCGGUGUGAAUACCGAUUUGAUCUCAUAGGUUCGUCC